UGUCCCCCACCCCCCUACACCUGCAGAUAAAAUAUGUGUCUGCAUUUCUACUACAUACCACUAGAGGACCCUUUUAAAUCCCUUUGCUGUUUUUUUUUUAUUCCUCCUCCAUCGCCAGCUAGGCUGCUCCCCCUGCCUGCCUCCCUCCCUCCCUGCCUGCUUUCACUCCCACCUCCUCUUACCUCCCUCCGCUGCUGGACUCAAAUGCUAGUAACGCCGGUAGGUUAGCUAUCGUCGGUGUGUCAGCCAAAGAUACAGAGUGACAACAAGCUUUGAUUUUCCCACCUCAGCAGCCACACCGGGACAGAUAAAAGGACACGGCUCUAUGUGAUAUCCCCUAAAUUCAACUAACAGUAACUGAAAGGAGACAAGUGGACAAAGCCUUAUCAGACUACAUAAUCCACACUUGGACCACAACCCACUACUGUAACCAAACAGCAGAAAACAAGGACAACCUACCGAGUGUCUAGCUAACACACAGAUUGACACUUUGACCGGCCAGGGCUUGACAUAAAUGGCUGACAAGCAGAUCAGUUUGCCUGCCAAAUUGAUCAAUGGGGGGAUCGCUGGCCUAAUUGGAGUGACCUGUGUGUUUCCCAUUGACCUGGCCAAGACUCGCUUGCAAAACCAGCAAAAUGGAUCUCGCCUUUACACCAGCAUGUCAGAUUGCCUUAUUAAGACCAUCCGGUCGGAGGGGUAUUUUGGGAUGUACCGAGGUGCGGCAGUGAACUUGACACUCGUCACGCCGGAGAAAGCCAUCAAAUUGGCUGCCAACGACUUCUUCAGGCAUCACCUCUCCAAGGAUGGAAAGCUCACUCUGCUCAAAGAGAUGAUGGCUGGUUGCGGGGCAGGUACAUGCCAGGUUAUUGUCACAACUCCUAUGGAGAUGUUGAAAAUCCAGCUCCAAGAUGCUGGAAGAAUUGCUGCUCAGAGGAAGCUGAUGCCAGAGACGGUGCCAGCAGGCACUGUGGAGACCAAGUCCCCAACAGCCAUGCAGCUCACCAGAGAAUUACUGAGGGAAAAGGGCAUCGCUGGGCUCUAUAAAGGCCUCGGUGCCACACUGCUCAGGGACGUUCCUUUCUCCAUCAUUUAUUUCCCCCUGUUUGCCAACCUGAACAACCUGGGCAAGAGAGGCGUAGAGGGUCCCGCUCCUUUCUACGUGUCGUUUAUGUCCGGCUGCCUCGCAGGGAGCACAGCGGCUGUUGCUGUCAACCCCGUUGAUGUGAUAAAGACUAGACUGCAGUCGCUGAACCGAGGAAGCACAGAAGACACGUACAGUGGAGUGACUGACUGUAUCAGGAAAAUCCUGCGUAAUGAGGGUCCAUCAGCCUUCCUGAAGGGAGCCUACUGUCGAGCCUUGGUCAUCGCGCCUCUGUUUGGCAUCGCCCAGGUGGUGUACUUCCUGGGCGUGGGUGAAUUCAUCCUCAGCUUCUUGCCUAAAAAAGACAACUAAGAAGAAGCGCCUCCUAUUCUGCCUUUCCCUCCCAUAAUGCAUCACACCAAAUGUGUGAGGAUUCAUCUCAUUGUGAAGGAAGUUUUUUUUGACGGGUCGAAGCGUGACCAACCAGUACAUUUUGUUUUAAAUUUGUUGUGUUGAAUGUUGAAAAUAGUUUCGGAGGGAGCCUUUGUUUUGCCAAGCUGCCUGUGGUGGCGCACAAAAAUUCCAGUCGGCAUGCUCAGCUCGCUCUCUGGAAAUGAAGCCACAGAUAUCAGUUUCAAAAGGAAUAUUGCUUAUGAUUACACUUUUUUUUUUUCAAUAUGAUUGUUGAAUUUCAAAGUAGAUGUACUGCCCUUGGUUGCUGCAGCUCUGCCAGCCCUACAGUACCUGAUUUAUAAUUGUGUACUAAAUAAGUCAUUCUGAUUUUUAAACUGUAACUAGCUAAAUCAAAUGCACAUACUUAAAUUUGAUAUUUAAGAACAUUAGAUCUGCCAGGAGAUUUACUAAAAAUGCAAUUUAUAGAAUUCCCCCUGAAGUCUUAAAGGACACAAUACGUAGAAUUAUAGCAAAACAUCUGCCUGUGUUUCAGACAAAGACCCAGGGAAUGUGUUGCUUUGGAGGCAGCACACCCCCUGUGAUCUUUCCUGAGAAGCCACAUCCCUUCCCGUAAGUGGUUGUAAUGAACUCAGCCAUUCAUCUCCGAGCAGACUUUGAUUGCCUUGGCUUUUUAAGUAGAUCAGGCUCCAUCUGAUAUUUAGCGCUACCACAAUGGUUCGACUGUUUUGCAAGGAAAGACAUCUCGUGUUUCACUCACUACACUGAAGAGACAACAUUUGGGCAUUAUGCACUUCCGCACAGCAUGUACACACUGUUAAACAUCAACGCAGAAUCUACAAAAAAAACUGCUUCUAAGCAUCCCUCAAAGGGUCAAGCGCGUUGUACCUCGUGGCCACACCCCAAUCAGUGAUGUCACAGCAGGGGUUUUUGCCUCCGACGAAUGAU